UCGCCGCAACACCCAUCAAGUUUUCGGGCUGCCGCUCUGCGGCUAACCCCCUCGCCAAUCCGCGCCUUCGGGGUCUUCCACCCCCCACCUUAAAAGGAGGGGGAAGGGAGGCGUGCCGGCUUUGUCAGGCAGACGCCAGCUGGUGGGGUAGCUUUCGGAGGGGAGGACCGCACAAGGGCGGGGGAAAUGUUUCAACUGUCUCCCAGCAGCUACCGAUUCUCGUACCAGCCGUAGGAAGAAAUAAGCCGAUGAACCGUGAAUCCGCCGCUGCUCCCCUCCUUUACAAAUGAGCACGUGCUUUAUGUGGCCUUGCGCACGAGGAGAUCUGAGCCUCCGGGCCAUUUGGCCGAACGUUUUGCAGCCUUACAGCGAUAUGAUCGAGAGUCCCGUUACUCUCUCGAGAAAUGGUGUUUCCGCUUGCAUGCUUGAAGAUUGGGGUCGAAUACAGGUUUUAAUAAUUUUGGAACCUAAAAAAAGCAAAUCCUCCGGCUGGGGGAAAUCAACACGUGAACAAUCCGGGGCGAUCUGCAAAGGUAGCUGGCUGAAGGACUGGCAGGGCGUCCGCGGGGCUGCUACACGCAGAGGGACCGGCUCGGGCUCUGCUCUGCCCGCUGCUUCUCUGCCACCAUCACAAGGAUCAAGUGCGUUACUCUUCCACCUCCUCCGCCUCCUCGUCCAUGCCAGCGGAGUGAUACCAGGACAAGAGCGCUCAAUAAACACAGCCGCAGCAGCUCCAGCUCCUCCAGGCCGUGAGGCAGUCCCGGGGACAAGGUGCAAAAUCCGGCCCGGACCUUUAGCCAGCAGGAACGGACACGACGAUCCCCACCUAAUUCCCCCUCCGGCGUCUACUCACGCUGUUUGUUACCUUGGGCGGAAAAUCAGCUCUGCCAGGACGGAACAAGAAAGGAUCCAAAGGGAAGCUGGCGAGGCAGUCAACUUUUGA